AUGAUUACUAAUUUCAUUAUAUUAAAUAUUUCUCAUUUCAUAUAUUCCAAAAUUAUGAAUUUCCAAAAAGGACCAAAACCUAGCUUUAGCAUACCUUUAUUAGCGUAAAGUUAAAAAGAAGAAAAACCAUAUUCAUUAGUUGAAAUAGAAAGCACUGAUUUCUUUAGAAAUGAAAAAAUUAUAAAAAAAGUCAGAUUUGCUCCCACUAUAAUUAUUUUUUUAAGAUAUAAAGACGAAGAAAUAUUCAAAUUCAAAGAUAGAUUAAGGAAUUAGAUUUAAUAGACUAAAGAGACCUUUGACUUUUAACCAUCUUUUGAUUAACCAAAAAAGAAAGGAUAACCAAAGUCCUGUUUAAAACCCUACACUGAUUGGGAUUACUGA